AACAUUAAUAUUUCAUUACACUUUUCCGCGCCUCAGUUUCCGCGCUAUUCUGUUCUGUUCUAUUCGGUUUGGGGGCAAAAAUGCUGUCUUUUACAGCUUGCCGUUUGCCGAAAACGCUUUUAAACUACAGUAAGAGGAAGAAAGAACCUUUGGCGUAUAUAGUUUACCGGUUGAUGAGCGAGGAGUCGUUUAAAAAGCCAAGACUUUGGAGCGACGGAGGGAGCCAUGUUCUAUACUCGAAUGACAAUAUAGGCGGUUGGCAGAAAGAUGACUCAUGGUUGCUAAACGGCGUCGAUUUAAACAAUAUUAAAUCCCAAAGCCUCAAAGGUUUUAAAGAUUCAAACGAAGACAGAAUAAAAGUGACAGAGUUAUCGCCAGAUGUUGUAUUCCUUGGCGUUUUUGACGGGCAUGGCGGGUCCUUUGUCGUGGAUUUUGUACAAAACAAUUUAGAUUUGUACGUGAAGAAUUUUCUAGAUCAGGGCCAUUGUUCGCUUACUACGGCAUUACGACGAGGUUUUAUCGACUGUGAUAUGGCAUUGGCUCGAGAAUUGGAAACAAAUGGUGUGUUUUUGUUUUGGUAUUUACAUUAAGUUAAUAUAAAAUGCAAUAUGUCACGCAUUCUUUUACAACCUUUUCUAAAUAUUUAAGGCGUACUGUAUUAAAUUGGUGUUAACUGUAAUGGUAUCCCAGCUUCUAUAGUGUAUUAUUGGCGAAUCCAAAUACAUAAAUAUUUAACUGGGAAAUCGAAAAUAUGUGCAAUAUAGUUGCAUAGAACAUGUGCAUCGAAUAUUUAUUUAUAAAUGCCAAUCAUAUAGACCUGGUUUCCAUGACACUGAGACAACAGAGCGGGAC